GGCGGGUGAACAGGCGGCUGCCGUUGCUCGCCAUCCAAUCCCCCUCUUGCUCCUUUCACCUCCCCCUCGCUUCUCGCCCCUCCCUCUCCAAAUCGGACCUGCACGCGUGCCUGCACCUGCACACGCGCUCGCGCUGCCCCUGCUUCUCACGAGUUCCCUGCGCUUGUCUUUUGUUCGGCCCAAGUUUGUCGCGCGCCUACAAUAUGUCUGCCCCUGCCGCUCGUCCAUCCACCACCCCCUCCUACCUGACUAUGUUGCUCGAGGAGGCGGCUGCCCAGCAUUCGGUCGGUAACCUCCUGGAUGCGGUGCGCUUGUACUCCGAGGUGAUUGCCAUCGAUGCAAACCAUGCCGAGGCGUACCUCCUCCGGGCCAAGGCCGCCACCGAGCUGGCCGCCCUCGAUCGGUCGAAGCAUGAGCUGCUGGUCAAGGAGGCAGAGGAGGCUGCUGCCGCCGCCGCCGCCGCCGCCGCCGCCGCCGCCACCGCCGCCGCCGCCACCGCCACUGCUGCUGCGCCGGCUGCCGCCACUGCUGCUGCGCCGGCUGCUGCUCCGGCCUCUGUGGAGGUGUCCGCCCCGGCCGCCUCUGCAUCUGCCAACAAGCCUCGCUUCGACUGGUAUCAGAACGACACGACUGUCUUCCUCUCGCUCUUCGUCAAGGGUGCCUCGGCGGCCAAGACGACCGUGGACUUUGGGAACCGCUCGUAA